CUUCCUCCUCUCAAGCCGGCUCACACUAGUCCCUCAGCCAAAACACGAAGGUCCUGUCGAGUCCAUCCACAACUCUCCAUAAAUCAAAGGUAGUCGGACUUCAUUACAUUCAGAGGCUGAGCUUAUGGCUGUGUUUAAGGUCUCUGCUUCAUAUGGCAACGGGGUUAUGUUUCUAAAUCAAGGCUGUGACUUCACUGCAGUGUCAACUAGUGAGUUUGAAGGUAGCUGUGUAGUCCAAAAGAAGCAUCUUGAGUUUAUUAGAAACUUUUAAAUGGAAGAUAUCAAUCUGUCAACAGUCCUAGAAGAGUUCUUAGUUAUUCAAAAAGGAGAGCAACUGUGUUGUUUGUGAAUCCUGAUGACAAGGCUUCUGGGUUUAGAUUGUCAGGGAAGCAUGGUCCUAAGCCUUCUGAAGUUUAUGGGUUUGUAGGGUCACUUACAACAGUUAUUGCAACAGUUAUUUUCUUGGUAUGGGCAUAUGUUCCUGAACGUUGGUUACAUUCAGUUGGGAUCAUUUAUUAUUCUUGCAGAUGAAUUUAGCAGAGAACCUUCAAG